CUCUGAUUUGUUUGUUAUUUCUGUCCCAAACGGGAGAGCUCUUUGGCGCCAAUCCCAAAGUGGAAAUCAUGAUCAGGUUAUUCUCGGAUGAUGUAAUGAUCUAUUUACACCACCCAAUUUCACUAAAUUGCGUUAACAGGUCUGGUAAUUCCACGCAACACGUCUCUGCGCGUAGAGACGCGAUUGUUCGCGACUCCCCAGGACCCUGAGGGCAGAUACACAUAUCCGAUUCAUGCCCAUUGAAACACAUUAGAACCAUACUAUUUACCCAAUAACUCUUUCGUCUUUGUGCAAUUGACCCUGAUAAUUGAGUACCGAGACUGCACUCCUCAACCUGACGUCCUAUCUUUUCUUUAGGACCUUCUAGCCGUUUAUCUCAACCAUCACACGUACUCCCACGGGCAUUGUACUACCAAUUCAUUCUAAACCCUCCGAGACAUUAUUCCUGAGACUCAGACAUGGCCACGUCGUCGCUCAAGCGCAAGGCAAUUGACCUCGCUGCCGCCGAGGCCAAGAAACCAAAAGCCAACGCCAGCAUCACCUCCUUCUUCGGCCCGCCAAAACCCGUGGCAUCGACGUCCUCGACCAAUCCUGCCACAGCUCCAUCAGCACCACCUGUUGCAAAAUUCGAGAAGGAUAAAUGGCUUGAGAAGCUGACUGUUGAGCAAAAAGACUUGCUGAAACUCGAAAUCGAGACUCUGCAUGAGAGCUGGCUAGCCCAUUUAAAGGACGAAGUCCUGAGCAAGGAAUUCCUUGACCUUAAGCGGUUUCUCAAACGCGAGGGCGAGAGUGGGAAGAAGGUCUUCCCGCCUUUCGAGGACGUUUAUUCUUGGUCCCGCCACACGCCUCUGCACACUGUCAAAUGCGUCGUGGUAGGCCAAGACCCCUACCACAACUAUAACCAGGCGCAUGGCCUAGCAUUUUCCACACGUCCUCCGACCCCGGCCCCACCGUCUCUCAAGAACAUUUAUAUUGCGCUGAAGAAGGAUUACCCGGGGUUCCAACCCCCGCCGAAGAACGGAGGCCUUUUGACCCCUUGGGCAGACCGCGGCGUCUUGCUGCUGAAUACGUGUCUGACCGUACGUGCACACGAGGCAAAUAGCCAUGCGAACCGCGGCUGGGAAAGAUUUACCCAAAAGGUCAUUGAUACUGUGGCCAAAGUGCGCACUCGCGGAGUUGUUUUUCUCGCCUGGGGCACCCCGGCCGGCAAGAGAGUAGCCAAGAUUGAUAAAAAGAGACAUUGUGUAUUGCAGAGCGUGCAUCCGAGUCCAUUGAGCGCCUCCAGGGGAUUUUUUGAUUGCGGCCACUUCAAAAAGACCAACGAAUGGCUUCGCGAGAGAUAUGGCCCCGAGGCAGAGAUCAAUUGGGACUUGAACGUUGCGCCGGAAGAAGCGGGCGUUUAAAACUCACCAUUUAGAUCACGACAUUCAUAGAAACAUUUUCUUCCGGUAUCCUUCUCCUUCUUGGUCAAUUUUAUAUCAUUUUCAUUAGACAAUAGUUGAGCGCAUACAAGUGCUUUUUCGGUAUAUUCUGAUCAAGUAUCAUGUGUCAUUCUUCCUCUCGGUGCUGUUUUCUUUUUUCCCUUCCGCUUCUCGGACUCAGAUUCUCGUGCAGGACGAGGCGCUGAUCAAUUAUUCCUAUUUUCUGUGCCACCUUUUCGGAUCAUGGAUGUUCAAAUCCUUUAAUUCAUCAAGAGCAAAUAUUAAUAUUGUUAACCUUCCAAAUCAAACGAAGCGCAAUACAG